UGUAUUUAGAUAAAUGGAAACGGAGCAAUUGCGCACUAAUGGUAAAGAGACUCUCAGCAAAGGUAAAAAUCAGAUCAAGCAAGAAAAGACUGGCUCAAAGACACAAAAUAUAGAAUUCCUCGGUGGUAGAACUAUCAAUGCUGAAAUCGGGUAUCACAGACAGAAAAUUUUGAGUCAAAAAUUGCCUAAGAACCCGACUUGUGAGAAUAUUCCUGAAUUUCCUUGGCAAGAAAGGUGGCUCAGGGGAUAUGAAUAUGAAUUUAUACUUAAGAAUUAUAAGCUCUAUUGAUCAAAGUAUGGGUUCACUUAUCACUCUAAACAUCCAAUGAGUAUCUACUCAAAGCCGAUCCCAGGCAGUAUCUACUUUAUUGAGAAUAUGCAUUUGAGAAAAUUCGGGUUCCCACGCAUUGACGGAUUUGAAAAGAAGAUUAAGUGGAAAUAAGAUGAAUUUCACCACAAAUUUACCGAAAAUUGACCCUCAAGUUAAGUACCUUGUUGCCACUGGAAAGCUAAGAAGCGAGUGAUACAGAAUGCAUGUUGUCGUUCUUGCUUCUAGGUACAGCAGAGAUCAUGGACUGUUAGAUGUCAGUAAAAUUAUGGAAGAGGAAGAUCCUCUCCGGAUCAUAUUGUGUCAUACCAUGAAGCUAGGCAAAGGCAACUCAAAGAGAGCUUGUGCUAAGAACAAGCGGUAUCUUAAGAACGACCUUGAUCUUGGACAAGAAGAUCUUGAACUCGACAUUGAUGGGAUUGUGAACAAAUUCAAAGAAGCUAUGCAGAUAAAGAGUAAACUAAAGCUCCCGAUUAACAAGCAGAAGGUUAAGAAAAGGGAACUCUCUGAAAGCCAGAGCGAAGAUGAGAGCUCUUCUUCAGAAUCUAUAUGCUCUGCGCCCUCUCCAGGACCUAUAGCUAGGAGGACCAGAUCCUUAGUCAAGAGUAGAGUCAAAACUAAGCCAAAGGAAGAGGCCAAAGAUUUCUCUAAAGUAAAGGAAGAAUCUAAGAGUAAUCCCCAUAAUUCCAUCGACAGUAGAUCAUCUGAGAAGACUGAUGAAAAUCUGCUUGUGAAGACCAUUAAGGAUUCUAUCAGAUUAGAAAGAAAGAAGCCAGCUGACCAAAAAUUUACUUUAAGCUUUGCUAAGGUCAAAGAGCUUAAGGAUGAAGAAAAGCCUAAGAAGCAAGGCUCUACUCGGAAUGUAAACAGAAGGCAAUGAGGCCGAUCUAGUUCUGAGUCUCAGUCACAGUCGCAAGAUAGAGAUCAUAGAGGUAGAAAUGAAGACAAAUCUUGCCUCUUGCAAGUCCAUCCAGAUGAACUUUUAAUCGAAGAAGAUGUUUACUCUAAUGACUCAGGAGAUUCAGAGUCAAUGUCCGAGGACUGUAGGCAGAUUUCAGACGCAGAAUUCCAAAAAUCAGUUGAGAAACCUGUGAGGGUAGACCUAGAGAGCUCUAUUCAUACUGAGAGCGCAUGCUUUGAUUCUUUAGGGUUGUCUAAAAGUUUAAGUUCUAAUAAGAAUUAUAUUCUUCCUGAUUGCUCCCAGUAUAGGCAAUAUUUGAAAGGGAACAAGCUGCUAUCACAUUUUUACAGAUUUAUUAAGGAUAAAGACAAAGAGUUGGCAAAUAUGAUUGGGCCAAAUCUUGCCAUGUACACCUCACCGCCUUGUUUAUGUGAGAAUGAUCCUUCUCGAGAGUGUAAGUUCAUCAGGGUAAAGACAUCUCCAAACUGUCUCAACCUUUCCCAGGUCCCUUUUCAAGAGCUUUGUAUGGAAGACCAGGAGAUCGACGAUUGUGAGUUUUUAGAAGACCCAAAUUAUUUGCAGAAGUAGAGUCAAUAAACUAAUUCAUUAGAUUCAAUUUCAGAAA